ACAGAGGGUGUCCCUUCCCUCCCCAUUCCUGCCCAGUCCCACGCCCUAGGUGAGGUCUAUUCACUGCACUGUCCCAGCCAACUCUUGCCCUAAUAUUCCCUCCCCCCCCCCCCAGUUCUCUCUGGGCUCCUCCAGGGUCAGCAUUACUCGGCUGCUCUGUAUCCCAAGUGCCCUAUUCAGAGGGUAAAGGAGAGCAGGCUUCACCCAGCCCUGGUAUUGCCCCCAACUUCUGACUCAGAUACACCUCCCCCUCCCCCUGCUUGCUGCUCUUGCAUUGCACCACAUCUCCAGUGAGAUCUGGGCCAGGCUGGCUCUGCUCUGUGGUACACAUUUCCAUGUGCUGUGGGCAUGACUCCUCGGUCCUUGCACCCACUGCCUGGGGCACAGGGAAAGAGUACGCACUGCCCUGUGCUAGCCAGGGAGAGCGAGCAGGCAGUUGCCUGCCCCGUGCCCAAAGUGACCCUGGAGAUCAGUGUCAGCAGCGGAGGAUAAACAAACUCUGGUGGUGGGUGCUGCCAAGGGCGCUAUUUAUAAAGGCUGAGUCAGGCCUGUGCCUGACCCAACCAGCCAGCCCUGAGCAGCCUGCAUCCGGGAGCAGCUCACCAAGGACACGCCACUGAGCCAGGAGCUCUGGGGCUGCAGCAGCCAAUUGCCCCUUUAUAAAGCCAACGCUCACCCCGCACUGCAGCUGGACGAGGAUCUGCUGGACAGGUGGAUGCACACCAGGCACAUGGACCAAGGCCUGACUGCCCCAACCCCUGGGAGCCGGGGAUUCCGCAGCAGCCGCAUGGAGCCGAUCGAGUGCCGAGAUGUGUUGGUGCAGAAUGCGCUCUUCACCGGGGACCUGGAGGCAGUGCAGAAGCAUUUCACUGAGAGCGCUGCCAUCAACCUCAUCAUUGAAUCCAAGGGUGAUGAGCUGCGGUGGACCAGCAGGAAACUUGGGCUGUGGUCGCUGACCUACGAGCAGGAGCUCACCACGCCGCUGCACAUCGCGGCGGGGCGCGGCUACUUGGACUGCCUCCGGCACCUGCUGCUGAGGGGCGCUGCCGUGGACUUCGCGCCUGGUGGCAAGACAGCUCUCCACGAGGCCUGCACGGCGGCCAGAACCGACUGUGUGCGCCUGCUGCUCUCCUCUGGGGCUGACCCCAAGGCCGUCUCUGAGGCUGGCCACCAGCCCCUGCACCUCUGCAAGAGCCCAGCCUCCAUCCAGUGUGCGAAGCUGCUCCUGCAGUACGGUGCCAGUGUGAACAGCCAGAUGGAGGAGGAAGAGGACACAGCGCUGCAUGUGGCAGCACGGCACGGCCUGGAAGAGCACGUCCAGCUGUUCCUGUGCCAUGGAGCGCGGCUGGAGGCCAAGAACGAGGAGGGGCAGACCCCCUUGAAUGCCGCCUGCGCCCAGGCACACCCGCCCCAGGACAUGGAGCGCUACUAUCACGUCUGCCAGCAGCUGGUGCAGAGAGGUGCCAACGUCGAUGCUGCGGACCGGGACCAGCAGCGCCCACUGCACCAGGCCUGUAAGAAUGCCAGCGCCCGUGUGGUGGAGCUGCUGCUGGCCCAUGGCGCCAAUGUCAACAUCAUGAGCUACAGUGGCAACACAGCCAUGCAUAACAUCUUGCAGGUGGCGGCCUACAAGCUGGGGCACCGACCGGAGCUUGUGGUGCGGGCGCUGCUCAACCAUGGCUCCAUACGCAUCUGGCCCGGGGCCCUCAUCAAGGUGUUGCGCUACUGCUGCUCCUCGCCUCGCACCAUUGAGGUGCUGAUCAACAGCUAUGACCGCGUGCGGGUCACAGACGAGUGGGCAGAGGCUGUCCCAGCUGAGAUCAUGCAGAAGCACCCAGAUUUCUACGAGUCACUCUUCUCUCUGGGGCAAAGGCCCCGCUCCCUGCAGCACCUGGCCCGCUGUGAACUCAGGAGCUACCUGGAGGGCCGGCUGCUACAGGUCUUGCCCAAGCUCCACCUGCCAUCUUCCCUGCACCAGUUCCUGCUGCUCAGCUUUGAGGACGUUCUCUACUAGCGGCCUGGAGCCUGGAUUGAGCCAACUCUAAAUCCUUUUCUUUAUCUGCUUUGAAUUUUUGUGCCCUGACUGUGACAGCCCAGGUCAGCUUUGCCUCCCCACUCACACUAGCCAAAGCCAGUCCUUCUGUGCCCAUUCCACCCCAUACCUGUCAUUCCCACCCAUGCCAGCCUGGCCUAUGCCAGGUCUGCCCUUUGUACUCCCAGCUGAGACACCCUCUGCCCGCACCAACCCAUCCCAUCCCAUGCCAGCAGGCUCUAUUGCUGUAGCCUGUGGUGGUCCCUGCCUUUCACUGGCCCUGCUGUGUAUUAUGGAGAUUUUGGAAUAAAUCCUGGUCUUUGUAUGCCCUGGUUGGCAUGUGUCCUUCCUUGUCGCACUGGGGGCUGCCGUCUGACCUGCCUCAUGCUGGCUCUGCUGUUGCAGAACACAUGGUGCUGGUGCAGCCACAGAGGGAUGCUGGGGCCAGGGCAGCAGGCAAGGGCCAAGAGCCCAAAGGGUUAAUGAGCAAUCUGUCCACUAUCUGCAGGGCUGAGCUCUGUCUCAAAGGUCUGGGAACACUGCCCCCGUGUAGGAGCCACAUGAAAUCCUUCUCCCCUACAAAUCCUUCAGUACCUGGAGCAAAAUGACAGGGCCUGACAGGCGCAAUGGAUGGGAUGCGAUUGGGGGGGGGGGCAGACAGACAGGGUGAUUGGGGGUGCAGCAGGAGGUUGGGCAAUGCAGAAACAGCCUCUGGCUGUGGCCUCCCACCCCCUUGGUAGCUUUUCUGGGUUGUACUUAGCACUGAGGUGUGGCAGAGCCAGCUUGGAGUUCAACCUGAUGAAUUCACAUCUUCCCGAGUUUCCUGUUCUUCAUGACGAACCAUGUUCCCUGCCCCUCUGCUGCCUAGCGUGAAGGGGCCACUUGCCACCAGC